CACUUGUCUAAUUUGAACGCUUUGUUUGUCUAGUACUACUACCCGUAGUUUGACGUAGAUCUUGAGAGACGAGCAGCUAUGGGACAAAACCAAAGUGGAGGUCAUGGUCCUGGAGGUGGAAAGAAGGACGAUAAGGAUAAGAAGAAGAAAUAUGAGCCUCCCAUUCCUUCCAGAGUAGGGAAGAGGAAGAAGAAGUCCAAGGGGCCUGAUGCUGCUAGCAAGCUACCUCUGGUUACGCCACACACCCAGUGCAGGCUGAAGCUUCUGAAGCAGGAGCGGAUUAAAGACUACCUGCUGAUGGAGGAGGAAUUCAUCAGGAACCAGGAGCAGAUGAAGCCUCUUGAGGAGAAGCAAGAGGAGGAAAGGUCAAAGGUCGAUGACCUGAGGGGAACCCCCAUGUCAGUGGGGAAUCUGGAGGAGAUCAUCGACGACAAUCACGCCAUCGUGUCCACCUCGGUGGGCUCGGAGCACUAUGUCAGCAUCCUGUCUUUCGUGGACAAGGACCUUCUAGAGCCUGGCUGCUCCGUGCUCCUCAACCACAAGGUUCAUGCUGUAAUUGGGGUGUUGAUGGAUGACACUGAUCCACUGGUCACUGUGAUGAAAGUGGAAAAGGCUCCUCAAGAGACGUAUGCUGACAUUGGAGGACUGGACGGUCAGAUUCAGGAGAUUAAGGAAUCAGUGGAGCUGCCUCUUACACACCCGGAGUACUAUGAGGAGAUGGGGAUUAAACCUCCCAAAGGUGUCAUUCUCUACGGGGCACCAGGAACAGGUAAGACUCUUCUGGCCAAGGCUGUGGCCAACCAGACGUCGGCUACGUUCCUGCGCGUGGUGGGCUCUGAGCUCAUCCAGAAGUAUCUGGGCGACGGGCCCAAGUUGGUGCGAGAGCUCUUCAGGGUGGCGGAGGAACACGCCCCAUCAAUCGUCUUCAUUGAUGAGAUUGAUGCCAUCGGCACCAAGAGAUAUGACUCCAACUCUGGAGGUGAGAGGGAGAUCCAGAGGACCAUGCUGGAGCUCCUCAACCAGCUGGAUGGAUUUGAUUCCAGAGGAGACGUCAAGGUUAUCAUGGCCACCAACAGGAUCGAGACCCUGGACCCCGCCCUCAUCAGACCAGGACGGAUUGAUCGUAAGAUCGAGUUCCCCCUGCCAGAUGAGAAAACAAAGAGGCGCAUCUUCCAAAUCCACACCAGCAGGAUGACUGUGGCCGACGAUGUGACCUUAGAUGACCUCAUCUUGGCCAAAGAUGACCUCUCUGGUGCUGACAUUAAGGCCAUCUGUACUGAGGCCGGGCUCAUGGCCCUUCGGGAGCGCAGGAUGAAGGUCACCAACGAGGACUUCAAGAAGUCCAAAGAGAAUGUUCUGUACAAGAAGCAGGAGGGCACGCCAGAAGGACUUUACCUGUAACCACAGAGUUGGUUAUUUUGCAGCCACCUGCACCCCUACAUCCUGUCCACUGCUCCUGUGUGUAUGAGCGCGCACGUGCAUUGUUUCCACUGAAUGAACCCAUUUUGAUAUAUUGUUUGCAUGUAGUUUUUGGCCACCAGUUUUUUUGCCUCAUUGUAAUAUAUGGAAAAUAAAAUUCUUGAAUAUACAGUCA